GAUGGCACUAUGGUAGUCACCGGUCGGUGGGGUAUGUCGGAAACGCGUUCAAGGUCAGUGCGCUUCGUCGUCACCCUCUACGCUCGGCGCUCGUCGUAAAUAACAAAACAAGUGAUGACAACAAAGUACAAACCGAGAAUAGCAGACGUCGUCAGGAAAUUGGAAAACCUCAAGACAACAACAAAUUAGACUCGUCGUUCGUGAGUCAUCAGUCAUCAUACGCCCACGGCUUACUAAAACGUCUACGACAAUACGUUGUAAGAUUAAAGUAAUAAUACGUCUUGUUGGGAUUACGAUUUGGAAAUUUUUCCAAAAACACUACAGGAAACAUUGCAACAUGAACUUCAGCAGGCAAACUGAUGAGUUAUUGCCAAACGAAAAUGAGGGGAAUCACGGACGCCAUGAUGCUCACAAACAUCAUGACACAAUGGGUGAAAUUGUACAAGGCCAAGAGUUUCCUAACAAUGUGAAGAACAGUUUUGUUGAUUUGGUUGAUAAUCAUGUCAAAGAAGUAAAUCCACAUGCUGAAAGCUUGGGUACACACCAAAUUAACAAGGAUGGAAACUGUGUAGAACGAGACCUUUUACUUCACAGCACCACUUAAUUUAUUUUAACAACAUACCUAUGUUAUUCAUAAUCCACAUUAAUAUUUCAUGAGCAAAUUGUAUACUUUUUUUUUCUUUAAGAUAUUUACAAUCUAUUGAAAAUAUUU